UGCCCCUCCUCUCCCCCCCCCCCCACCUCGCGCGCUGAAUUUUCCUGUGACGAGGCGGGUGGAGAAACGAUGGAGGAACAAAAAGAAAACGUGCCGCAGCGGGAGUUAUCCGCCGACGUCAAGGAAGACAAAACAGAAGAUCGCGCGCCCGGCUCGCUGCCUUUCAACCAGAGUAAGCAGCGCUGUAGAUUUGAUUGUCAAGAAGAUAAUAAGAAAUCCAUGUGCAGUUCAAGUGACUUCAGUGACCCAAUUUACAAAGAGAUUUCUCUGACAAAUGGUCAUAUCAAUAGAAUGAGCAGAGAUGAGCUUAGAGCUAAACUCGCUGAAUUCAAGCUUGAUACCAGAGGAGUGAAAGAUGUAUUGAAAAAGAGGCUGAAAAACUACUAUAAGAAAGAAAAGUUAAUGCAAAAACAGCCUGCAAAUGCAGAUAAUUACUAUGAUUACAUCUGUGUUAUUGACUUUGAAGCAACUUGUGAAGAAGGAAAUCAACCUGAAUUUACACAUGAAAUCAUUGAGUUUCCUAUUGUUUUAUUAAACACUCGGACAUUAGAAAUAGAGGACACAUUUCAAAACUAUGUGAAACCAGAGAUUAAUCCUCAGCUUUCAGAUUUCUGCAUUAACUUGACGGGAAUCUCUCAGGACGUUGUAGACAACGCAGUUGAAUUUCCAAAAGUUCUGCAACAUGCUGUAGAUUGGAUGAAGCAGAAGGAACUGGGAAGUAGAUAUAGCUAUUCCAUAUUAACUGAUGGGUCUUGGGAUAUGAGUAAAUUUUUAAAUAUCCAGUGCCGUGUUAGCCGUCUGAAAUACCCUUCUUUUGCUAAGAAGUGGAUCAAUAUUCGCAAAUCCUAUGGAAACUUCUACAAGGUUCCCAGAAGCCAGACUAAACUAUCAACCAUGCUUGAAAAGCUUGGAAUGGACUAUGAUGGAAGGCCUCACAGUGGGCUUGAUGAUUCUAAGAACAUCGCGCGGAUAGCAAUUCGUAUGCUUCAGGAUGGGUGUGAACUCCGGGUGAAUGAGAAAUUACACGGUGGGUUGCUGCUGACAGUCUCUUCCUCUGUCCCAAUAGAGGGAGCUCCUGCACCACAGAUGCCCAGGUUUCGAUAAAGCUUAGAAACUCCUGCAUCCGAGGACCAAAUCCAAUACCUCCUAGGACUUCAAUAGGCUGUUUCAGUGGACAUAAAAACCCUGUUUCUUCCCAAUUUAACACCUCUCUGACAUUUACGAUUUGUCACAAUACCACAGAUGUACUUAAUAACGUUUGUUAAUUUUAGGUCCCUCUUAGUUGAUCCCACUAAGUUUGAUAAGACUUUUCUCAGUAGUUUUUAGUAGUUUGCUAUAAAAUAAAGGCAAACUGAACCACACAGUGUGAUCUGCAGUUGUAAGACUGCUCUUUACCUAACAAGUGGUUGCAAUAAGUGUUGAACAGCAUGGUGGGGUGGGUUUUUCCUUACCUUUUUUAAAAAUAAAAAGAUCUGCUUGACUGUGUAGACCAUUGACCAAGUUGGCUGUGGGUGUUGUUAAAGUCUAUCUAUCUUUAGCCCAAUUAAUAGAUAAUUCAUACAGUAAUAACAAACAUUUGUCUUUUUUUGUAUUCAAAAUGUUUUUGGUCUCAGUCUGCCAAAAUUAGACACCUUUUAGUCUCACUAAAUUCAGCUGGCGAGUUAAGCAUGUGAUUAACACUCUCCCAUUGAAAUCAGUGGAACUGAAAUGUGCUUAACAUUGACUGGGUUACAUUUCUGCUUAUUUUUCUUUUUUCUAUUAUGUAUCAAAUAGUGCGGUGUUGCAAGUCCACUCUACCUCUUGUAAAAAGAUAAGUGGAAAGGCAUAUUUUCAUAAUAAUUUCAUACAGGAUUUGGCUUGAGAUUUGAGGUGAAUAUUGCAUGAAUUCAUUCCUGUGACCAAAUACAAGCUUGUUACUUGUAUAUGUGUGUAUUAUGCCAAACAAUUGGAAAAGUCUAUAAAUUCUUGUUUCCAACUUUCAAGUCAUGUAAUUUGCAAAAGUUGUCUUUAAUAACUACUACUUCAUUUUCUAGUGGUACAUGAAUAUAAUGUAAUAUUUUAAUACAUUUAUGUAUAGCUUUUACCCAUGUUGGUGAGUAGAUACUUCUGCCUUUUGAACUGUUUUUUCACGUUUCAUUCUGCCCUUCUAACAAGCCAAGUGAGCAAUCCUAUGUCCUCUGGACAGCGUCAUAGGAUUUCGGUUUCCCGGCUCCAAGGUCAGAGCCAGAAAACCACAUUCUCCGCCUCUUUCCCCUCCCCCCCCCCUUGUAGGCGACGUGGAGAGAAUGAUGCCUGCUACCUCUCGAAGCUUGGAAAACAGAGCACAGAGAUGGGCAUCCUAGAGGCAGUGAAGGGAGGAGACUCUGGUGACAGCCAUACGAUACACCCUAUGGCCUCCCCAACCUCCUUCCUUCCCCAAAGCUUCUGCUAGACUGGCAAAACACCCAUCUAGCUUAAAUGCAGAGUGCUGCAUUGGAUACUUGUAAGCCUCUGAGUUUGGAGGCUUAGGAGUACCCAGCACGAGAUCCGAUAAGGCGCAAUCCUAAGUUUAUGUUUGUGUUAUCCUGUUUUAUUAUCAUAACAACUUGGAGGAAGUGUGAGAGAGUGAGUACCUCAAGUUACCCAGUGAGCACUAGCUGUGUAUUCACAUCUGGGCAUAUUAAAUAUAAGUUUUAGGGAUACUUACAUUCCUUUGAUUAAAAUCACAGUGUAGUUUUUAUUUCUAGGGUUUUGCAUCUUGCUGUGUUGUGGCUUAACCAUUACAGUGUCAAUUAAGUAGUUCUGCUCAAUCUUUCCAGAAACUCCCCCUAGCCCCUGUCUGCCAUCUCCAGGUAUCGAAGAGCGGCUUCCUGCAGUUGGUAUGCAAAUAUACAAGUGUACAUGACCUAUGGGAGUGGUAAAUUUAAGAAUGAAUUGCGCCAUUCUAAAGGUAUUCUUGCUACCUUUGAGUCAGCUAUGUUAGAGCAAUAUCCGUACUUGAUAUAACCUGACAGAAUGGGACAGUUUAGCCUUGUACACCAUGAUACUAUCACUGCCAGUUCAAAUCACAGGAAGUGGUCCACUGACAGCUUAGGCAGGAACUCACCAACUGUAUGUGCAUCGUUUGUUAAGUGUAAACAUUUCUCAUUUAUCUCUCCAAGAAUUCUUAUCCAAGUAUAUAUGGUCUCUUUUGGACUAGUUAAUGUUUCUCUCUCUUUUUUUUUUUUUUGUAAAGUAAAUCCUCCCACAAUUUAGUUACAAAUUCUGCUGAUAGUGCUACCUCUUCGAAGUAGAAAGCUAUUUGAAAUUUUUGGCAAUAAAGGGGAUGAAUGUUAAA